AUGCGGUGGCUCCUUGUUCCCACCAUCUUCAUCAUCCCUUAUACUCAACAGUUUUUCCACAGCCAACCAGAGCAGCCUGGAGAUAAACCUUCAGAAACUGGUGAAGUCCAGCGCAAGGAGGUUUGCCGCUGGCCGUGCCGCUGCCCGCCGGUGCCAGCCUGCACCCCCGGGGUCAGCCUGGUGAAGGAUGGCUGUGGCUGCUGUAAGGUCUGUGCCAAGCAGGCAGGAGAGCCCUGCAAUGAAGCAGAUGUCUGUGAUCCCCACAAAGGGCUCUACUGCGACUACUCAGAAGACGAGCCUAGGUAUGAAACAGGCGUGUGUGCAUAUCUGGUAGCUGUAGGAUGUGAGCUCAAUGGAGUUUAUUACACCAACGGGCAGACCUUUCAGCCCAACCGGCUUUAUAAGUGCCUGUGUGUCAGUGGUACAAUCGGAUGUACCCCUGCAUUCACACCAAGGUUAGCAGGAAGCCCCUGCGCCAGAGUCCCAGGCAGAAAGAAGCCAGGACAAUCCAUCUGUGGCCUGGGACAGCACAAGCAACUUCAGUCAACCAACUACAGACUGAUGUCAGCUUACAGAAGCUUACCACUAGUUUUGAAGAAAAAGUGCCUCAUACAGGCAACUCCCUGGACACCCUGUUCCAGGACCUGUGGCAUAGGGAUAUCCAGCAGAGUGACCAACGACAACAGAAAAUGUGAAAUGAAAAAAGAAAAGAGAUUAUGCUUCAUCCAGCCUUGUCUGACCAAUAUGUUGAAGAAAAUAAAGAUUCCAAAGGGAAAAACAUGUCAACCAACUUUCCAGCUUCCAACAGCAGAGAAGCUAAUUUUUUCUGGAUGCUCAACUACUCAAAGAUAUAAACUAACUUUCUGUGGAGUGUGCUUGGACAAGAGGUGCUGCAUUCCUAACAAGUCCAAAAUGAUCACUGUACAGUUUGAGUGUCCCAACGAAGGCUUCUUCAGGUGGAAGAUGAUGUGGAUAACAUCGUGUGUGUGUCAGAGGAUUUGCAGUGCUCCAGGAGAUAUAUUUUCCCAACUCAAACUCCUAUGACAA